GUUAGCGCGACGCACGCGCCGGCGACAGCGCGUUCUAAAUUUAAAAUUCAAAUUCGAACGCCAGCUGAUUAUACGUGAAAUAGUAGUGAAUAUAAAAAAUUAUAAACAAAAUAGAAACGCUUUAUUUCAAAGUUUGGUAUGCGGUGUGUCAAUUUUUGUGAUAAAAUAACCUGUCAACCCUAGCUUAAACAACACCAAAAUGGAUUGGUGGCAGAGCACAAAGGAAUGGGUAGGCUUGUCCAAAAAGCAACCUAAAGUUGAAGGCAAUAGAAGCCAAUAUUCAUUGGUGUCCUGCGGAGAGCUGACGGCAGAUAUACUGCCGAUAUGGCUAGAGUUGCCAUAUGAGGUGAAAAAUGAUCCGUCUCUCGCUCCGUUUAAGAAACUGUAUGAAAAAGAACAUGGAAAAAUCCCAGAGAUAUCAAAGAGCGCAGAGUCACAGAAGCGACUGGCGAAUGUACAGUCGGCCCCGAUGCUACAGUCGGUACAAUCAGAUGAGAUUCAGUACAUAGACGGCUGCACCAAGAGCGAAGCUGCAGAGAAACUGGGCAACCAUGAUGGGAAACCAAUUUCGGAUCAUAGACUUCCAAAUUCUCGAUCGUCGCAGGUAUGUUUCUACACAAUGGCGCGCGCCCGCCACUACGUGAAGAUGACGGUUCUCCUUGGCUGCUGGGUGUUUUUUACUGCCUGCUUCAUGAUGUACAAUGAGAAGAAGGAAAACGUCAGCAUAACGGCUGUGGUCCCAGGAGAAACUAAAGAGUUCCCUAUGCCGAUAGACAAAGCGGAGUCAAUACUUCUGAUACUCACGGGCCCCUUCAUGUCCAAAAAUGAUGAGAGACGACUCAACUCCACUGCGAUACUGGACCAUCAGAAACUUGAAGUGUGGUUGGAAGCAGAAAAUAACAAUGUCACUGAGGCCUCUGAAAGCUGGUACAUCCCCCUCCACAACUCAACCCACCAACGGUCGCACACCAUCUACUUCAACUGCUCGCAUUGCGCGAUGCGAGUGCGCACCGACGCGCGCGCCGCCGUCGCGUUCACUUUCAGUUACAUGGAAAACCCGGUAGAUGACACUACUGGCGUCAUCUAUGCGUUGGUGUUGCUGCUUGGCCUGUAUAUUUUGAUUAUUUUUGAGAUUAUAAACCGCACAAUGGCAGCAGUACUAGUAUCGACCAUGUCCCUAGCUGCCUUAGCAAUGGUGGGCGAGCGGCCGACCGUACCAGAGAUAGUCUCUUGGCUGGACAUUGAGACACUACUUUUGCUGUUCAGCAUGAUGCUUCUGGUCGCCAUCAUGGCUGAAACUGGCGUGUUUGACUUUCUUGCUGUUUUUACUUUUGAAGUGACAAAAGGUAAUCUCUGGCCGCUGAUAUACCUGCUUUGCGGUAUCACCGCAGUAGUGUCCACGUUCCUCGACAACGUCACUACAGUUCUCCUCAUGUCUCCUGUCACUAUCAGAUUAUGUGAAGUUAUGGACCUGGACCCAGUCCCAAUACUGAUGCUCAUGGCCAUAUACAGCAACAUUGGUGGUACGGCGACCCCCGUAGGAGACCCACCAUGCGUCAUAGUUGCUUCCAACAAGCACGUCAUAGAAGCUGGUAUAAACUUCACCAACUUCACGGCUCACAUGGCGCUCGGCAUCAUCCUCGUGGCGGUGCAGACCUCGCUGCAGGUCCGGUUCAUGUUUCGAGACACUAACAAGCUUAGACUGAACGUUCCCAGGGAGAUACAGGAUCUCCGCCACCAAAUUUCAAUAUGGCGGCGCGCCGCCGACUCCCUCCCGCAGCUGAGCGGCAACGCGCACGUGGUGCGCGCGCGCCUCGACCGCAAGAUCGAGAAGCUGCGCGCGCAGCUCAGCUGCAUGGUGAAGGAGACGAGCAAGCGCGCGUGUCCGAGGGAUGAGUUCCAGAGAACGUUACGGGAGUUGAAGCAAAAGUACAAGAUCCGAGACAAGGUCCUCCUGGUACAAGCUUCUGUCGCCAUAUUCUUUGCUGUUGCUGUUUUCUUCCUCCACUCGAUUCCCGAACUAAACCGCAUCUCCCUGGGCUGGACGGCGUUGCUGGCAGCAGUGCUGCUGCUGCUGCUAGCUGACCGUGAAGACCUGGAGCCGGUGCUGAGACGGGUGGAAUGGUCCACUCUACUGUUCUUUGCUGCACUCUUCGUUCUCAUGGAGGCUCUCUCCAAAUUGGGCCUGAUCCAGUACAUCGGUGGCCUGAUGGAGGUUCUGGUGCUGAGAGUGGACGAGAGCGCGAGGCUAGCAGUCGCCAUCUUGCUCAUUCUAUGGGUAGGCGGCGUAAUCUCGGCGUUCGUGGACAACCUCCCGAUGACCACGAUGAUGAUCAGAGUGGUCAUAUCCAUCGGUAGCAACCCUGAUCUCAACCUGCCACUCGCUCCUCUCGUCUGGGCGCUGCUUUAUGGAGCCUGCUUAGGAGGCAACGGCACUUUAAUCGGCGCGAGCGCAAACGUGGUGUGCGCGGGAGUGGCGGAGCAGCACGGCUACAAGAUCACCUUCGUGCAGUUCUUCAAAGUCGGCUUCCCCAUCAUGAUUGGGCACAUGGCUGCUGCCUCUGUGUAUUUACUGCUGUGCCAUUGCGUCUUUACAUGGCAUUGAGGAGCUUAUCACAUUCUUGUCAUCAUAAAGAUCACCCGGAAAG